AUGACUGGUCUCGUCCAGGAGUAUGCUUCGGAUUCCGACGACAGCAGAGUGCCCACCCCCACUGUCGAUGAUGCCUUUGGAUUAUUUGAACUUCCGGCUGCAAAGCGGCAGAGAACAGACAAUAGUCUGAACAACGCGGUGGGUGCAAGCAUCGCUCCGGAUGAUGCUCUAAACCAAGCAUCCCUUGUCACAAGACCAACAGAUACACAGAUCAUGGUCAACAUCAAAAUCGACGACAUGCUUAGACCAGCUCAGGGCCCGGAAAAUCCCUUUGCUGACCGCAGGUUCCAGAACCAAAAUGCUCUAGCAGGAGUGGUGGAGGAGCAAGCUAUGACUGAGCGUGACUUCCGAGCACAACAUCUCUCGUACUCAAUUUUGGGUUAUGCCGCGAAUCCAUCCUUCGCCGCUGAUGUGCCAGUUUUGGGAUCUUUGGCUGCGGCAAAGAACAAUAAUUUUCAAACGCUGGACAUGAUGCGCGCCACCAGUGGCGAGCGUAAACAGUGGAAGCGCAAACGGAAUGACCGAGGUGACCUGGAGAUUGUGGAUGGGGAGGGUGCGUACGCUGGGCCGUGGGCGAAAUGGGCAGGCGAUGAACAGCCUGAGAUGAUUGUUCCUGAGCAGGAUGAAGAGCCAGAGGAAGAGAAUCCCGAAUUUGAGGCGCGGAAAAUUAAGGCUAGACGGCAAGCCUUUGGCCAGGAGAAGUCGAUCUUUCAUGGCAAGUCCGUUGCAGAUUAUCAAGGCCGGACUUACAUGCACCCCCCUGUCGAUAUCGCACCUAAUCUUGCGCGCGAAGAAGGGAGUCAAGAGUGCUUCUUACCUAAAGAGUGCAUCCAUACGUGGACGGGUCACACUGGGGCCGUAUCUGUCGUACGAUUGCUUCCCAAGACCGGGCAUCUGCUUCUCAGUGGUAGCAUGGACACGAGGAUCAAGGCAAGAUUAUUGCUUUGGGAUGUUUAUCACGAGGGAAACUGUUUGCGCACAUUUAUGGGGCAUCACAAGGCCAUCAAGGAUCUCACAUUCUCGAACGACGGUCGCCGGUUCCUCAGUGCGUCACAUGAUCGUCUGAUCAAGCUCUGGGAUACCGAAACUGGCCAAUGUCUCAAGGCCUUCUCAAAUGGGAAGACACCGCAUGUUGUUAAGUUUCACCCUGACGAGGACAAGCAGCAUAUUUUCCUUGCCGGUAUGCAUGACAAGAAAAUUGUGCAGUGGGAUAUAAAUACAUCAGAAAUUGUGCAGGAGUAUGACCAGCAUCUCGGUGCCGUCAAUACCAUCACGUUCGUGGAUGAAAACCGGAGAUUCGUCACCACGUCAGACGAUAAGACGAUCCGCGCGUGGGACUUCGAUAUCCCGGUUGUCAUUAAGUAUAUCGCCGAACCUCAUAUGCAUAGCAUGCCGGCAGUCACACUCCAUCCUACCGGCAAGUGGUUUGCUGCGCAAUCGUUGGAUAACCAGAUUCUCGUGUAUUCGGCCGAUACCUUCCGCCAGAAUCGCAAGAAGCGUUUUGCUGGCCACUCAACAGCGGGUUAUGCGUGUGCUGUUGGAUUCUCUCCUGAUGGGCGAUGGAUCAGCUCAGGGGAUGCCGAUGGGAGCAUAGUAUUCUGGGAUUGGAAGACAGGGCGGCUUAUGAAGCGGUUGCGUGCCCACAGCAAGGUUGUAAUAUGUCACGAGUGGCUUCCACACGAGACUUCCAAAGUUGUGACAGGGUCUUGGGAUGGACUUAUCAAGCUAUGGGACUAAUGUAUCUCUGACAGCACUUCACCCCUUCCGGUCUUCUGUAUUCGAAGUAUUCCAUCUACUUCGAUUGCUUUCGUCAGUCAGGUACAAUGUUGGUGGUACCAAGUAGAGCCGUACGUGAAGGGAUUGUUUCCCCGAUACAAGAAAC